GGAAUCAUUGCACAAUGUGCAGGAAACUCUGCUUGACCACAGCUGAAACUGAGGUAAUGUGGUGUGGUAUUGUGCCAUUCUGGAAUGGUGGCAGACUGAAUCAACAGAUGGCUUUACUGAAAUAAACAAACAAGAGUCAACAGACGACUGCUGGAAGAAGCCCAUUUCAUGCUGGAUAUUUAUUAAUUACACGGCCAAUGAAGAGCCCUUAUCCCUGACUGAAGGCUAGUCAUACUGGAAGAAUGCAAGAGGUGAACAGAACCCAAGUGUCAGAGUUCAUUCUCUUAGGAUUCUCAGAUCGUUCUGAAGUGGAGAUGCCUUUGUUUUUGGUCUUCCUUCUGAUUUAUCUAUUGACCCUGACGGGAAAUCUGGGUAUGAUUGUGCUAAUCCAGACUGAUUCCCUUUUGCAGUCUCCAAUGUAUUUUUUCCUAAGCAACCUCUCCUUCAUUGACAUCUGCUACUCCUCCAUCAUCAUUCCCAGGUUGUUGUAUGACCUCUUUACAGACAGGAAGGUGAUUUCCUACAAUGCAUGUGCAACCCAGAUGUGGUUAUUCACCCUCUAUGCUACGACCGAGUGCUACCUUCUGGCUGCCAUGGCUUAUGAUCGCUUUGUUGCCAUCUGUAACCCACUCUUUUAUCCUAUUGCAAUGGCCAAAAAGGUUUGUCUGCAGCUUGUGGCUGGGUGCUACUUGGCAGGGCUUGUGAAUGCCAUUGUCCAUGCCAGUGGUACCUUUAGAUUGUCUUUCUGUGGACCCAACGAAAUCAGCUCCUUUUUCUGUGACAUUCCCCCUUUGCUGCGGCUCUCCUGCUCAGACAACUAUGUUUCCAAGGUGGUACUCUUUGUCCUCUCCACUUUUGUUGUGGUAGCGAAUGCAGUGAUUGUUCUCUUCUCCUAUACUUACAUCAUUUCCACCAUCUUGAGGAUGCGGUCAUCCACAGGCAGACGGAAGACCUUCUCAACCUGUGCCUCACACCUGACUGCCAUUGUCCUGUAUUACGGGUCCUUGACCUUUAUGUAUGUGCAGCCUGGAGGGCUGGAGGCAGUGGAGCAAGACAAAAUAGUUUCUGUCUUCUACACCAUUGUGAUCCCUAUGCUGAACCCCAUCAUCUACAGUCUGAGGAACGAGGAGGUGAAAAAAGCUCUGAAGAAAAGAUUAAGCAAGAAGAUAUUUCUGAAGCAGCCAAAGCAAUGAACUUUCAUGUUGUGCUGAUUGUAACAUUGUUGCCCACUCCUGCACAUUUGUCUGCUCUCACACAAACUAAGUAAGGCCACUGUUAAAGCUGAGCCAAAAUUUUUCAGAAGACAUUUUUCUGGGAAAGAUUCUGAGGUUUUUCUUUUUCUCAUUCCCCCAGAAAAGGAAGGUAGCUUUGCAGAAUUUUAUCUGAAGAUGCUCUGCCAUUUAUUUCUGUUUUUGAUGGUGGCUGCCGUCUGUCCUCGCCACGUUGAAUGCUCUGAAAUGAUAGUAGGUUUGAGGCAUUGUAGAUGGGCCAUAAUGGGCUGCAUACACAACCAUUUGCACUGUGGCCACAAUAUAUAUAUAUUUAAAAAAUGUAGGGAAAGAAGAAAGAAACUGUGCUGCUGCUACCACUAACGAUAAGCUGCACCACUUGGAGAAUUUUUCUUCUCCUUGCACAAAUUCAGUGAAAUGGUCAACCCCAAUUUUUCUGUGUACAAAUGGGUUGGAGAAUUUUGAGAGGUCAAUUGCACACAGCCAUAGCCAGUAUAUUUCAUAGAUUUUACUGACUAUACAAUACAUAAGAACAUAAGAAGAGCCUGCUGGAUCAGGCCAGUGGCCCAUCUAGUCCAGCAUCCUGUUCUCACAGUGGCCAACCAGGUGCCUGGGGGAAGCCCGCAAGUAGGACCCGAGUGCAAGAACACUCUCCCCUCCUGAGGCUUCAGACUCAUCAGACUCCAACAUUUGACAGAAUUGCAGAAUUCAAAUCUGACUUUUUGAAGAGUCAACAUCUUCAGUUGUUUUUUGAGUUUGGUUUCAGUGUUUCAGGCUCCUUUUGAAAAACAAACUAGUCAUAUAUUUGAUGUCAAUCAAGGGUGGGGAAUUUGUACUCUCCCCCAGAUGUUAAAGGUAAAGGUAAAGUUGUCUCCGCACUUAUAGUGCGAGUCAUUUCCGACUCUUAGGGUGACGUCUUGCGACGUUUACUAGGCAGACCGUAUAUAUGGGUUGGGAUUGCCAGUUCCUUCCCCAGCCUUUCUCUACCUCCCAGCAUAUGCUGGGUACUCAUUUUACCAACCAUGGAUGGAUGGAAGGCUGAGCGGACCUCAACCCCUUUUACCGGAGAUUUGACUUCCUCCUUCCAUUGGAAUCGAACUCCGGCCGUGAGCAGAGCUUUGGCUGCAUUACCGCUGCUUACCACUCUGCCCCACGAUGUUACUGAAUGACAACUCCCAUUAUUACUGGCCAUGGGCCAUGCUGGCUGUGACUGAAGGGAGAGCACCAGGGUCCCCAUCUGUGAUGUAAAGCAUGAAUUUACAUUGAUGUAAUACUUCUAUAAGUUUAAAAAUCCCACAAAUGUAACCGUCUUUUGGAGAAAAUGAUUUAGCAAAAUUGAGUUAUUUUUAGUUUUAUUCAAAACUAACAAUACACAUGUCUGCAAUGAAACAGCCAGGUCAAGUAAGCUUUGCAUUCAGGGCCCAUCCAUACGACUGUGUAAUCUGCAACGUUAUAGAUUUGUGUCCUCAUUAAUUCACUGUUGUCCAUAUGAUGUUGCAAGCUAGUGAGGAUUUUCGUGUUCUCAAAUCUGUAUUAGAAAUGCCACAGAAAAAAUGAUAUGUUUUCCUGUACCAAUAAUCAAUCACAUUAACGUCUGUGGGCUGAGAUGCAAUGUCACAGACUUUCUUGCAAUAGGCGAUCCAUGGGCAUCCCUCCGUCAUAUCCUUCCCAUCCAGUAGCCCAUUCACAAACCUGUGCAUACAUGGGAAUUAAAAUAAAACCUUUUCUGUGCUCUUCCGAAAAAGCAUGCGAAAAGCAAACGACCAUUAUGGACCAAUCACUGAGGGGGGGGGGGACUUAGGAGAGCAGCCAAUGCUGAAGCAAAAAAAAAAAAAAAAAAGCCCACAUGUGUGGUCACUUGAUUAUCAGUUUCUCACCAUAAUCCGACCACAAACAGGACAUGUAUGGAUCUCGAGGCCACCAACUGAAUAUGGACAAUGUGGAUUUCGCUGUUAGGUAUGGAUAGGCCCACAGACCACUUGAAGGCUUCUUCCAAAAUGCACCCAUUUUUCUUUUAUCAAGCAGCAUCUUGCUAUUGUAGUCUAAAGCUUUGAGCGUAGUUCCCAUCUCCGUACACUCAAGCAGGCAGGCAAGGGGCAGCCACCGCCACCACCCUGUGCUUGCUCUCUCUCUCUCUGCCAUCCUCCCCUGAAGCACUGUUUACUGUGGAGAAGUCUGCCCCACCUGGCAAGCAGUACCAUUCCAGCCACAUGUGAGAGAGCUGCCUGCAGCCACCGCAAUCCAGUAGACAAGGAGCCACAUUCUGACCAUGACAGAGUGUGCCCCCCCACGCCCUCUGCACCCAAAAAAGCCUUUGUUAAAAGGAGCUUCAGUCUCCAGUGUCCAUCUAUGUGUAUGACACUUUUCAACAUCAGGAAAAUUAUAGCCAAAAAUAAAAUAAUGGACAGCUUCCAGCUGUGAGGGAGAGUAGGGACUGGAGAGGCAAGGGUAGCAAUGGGUGAAUAUGAGCAAAUACCCCACCCUAUCCUGGACUUCAGCACAAGUUGCAACAUAUAACUGUAGCUUCGUCAGGGAAUCAAAUGUCCACUUUACCCACACAUAUGCACUGAAGAGGAAGGGAAAAAAGUAAGCUUUUUAUACCAAUCUCAUACAACUACAUUUCCAGAGUUCUCUAGAGAAAGGAAUUGCUGUUAAACCUCCAGUUAAAGAAUUGCAAGGACUGGGCUUCCGGAUAGAAUCAGUUACUCAGGCCUUAUUCUAUCUCUUCACACUCUUUGGUCACCCCACACAGGUCAGGGUUUUUUUUUAAAUGAAGUGUACUGUCUCAUAAGCUUAAAUUUAAAGUUCAAAAGUUUCCAGGUGGUUUGGGCUCCUUGGGGAGGAAGGGUGGGGUAUAAAUUCCAUUAAUGAUGAUGACGAUGUUUCCUAAGCUCAGGCAAGUGUUGAAGACUAUCCAUGUUCAGACUAUGCUAUCAGGCUUGAUUGAUGUCCAAUAUCAUAGGAUUCCUCAGGCUCUGCGUAGAUGUCUUUUUGGAACUGUAGUGGUUAGAGUGCUGGACUACGAGCUGGAAGACCAGGGUUUGAAUCUCCACACAGCCAUGAAGCUCACUGGGUGACCUUGGGCCAGUCACUGCCUCUCAGCCUCAGAGGAAGGCAAUGGUAAACCCUCUUUGAAUACCACUCACCAUGAAAACCCUACUCAUAGGGUCACCAUAAGUCGGGAUCAACUUGAAGGCAGUCCCAUUAGGAUAGAAGACUUCCACACUACUUCUUAUUUUGUCCUGUUUUUGAUACUAUUUUAUUGGAUUGCAUGCAAAAACCAUACCAGAAAAGAUGUAUUGAAAGAUGUAUCCCAGAAAAGAUUGACAAAACUGGCUUUUUAAGGUGACUUAUAGGAUGCCUCUUUUUGCACUGGCUGUUGCAAGGAUCUAUGCAAAAAGUGCUGUCAGAGGUUGCUUUAAAGCGACGUGUUGAUUUGAUAAUAAUUUCAUUGCUCCCCCCCCCAAUUCUGAGAUUUAUUUACUGGAUGAGAUCUAAUGCUACACUAGCCCAACCCUUUGGAGCAAAUUGGGGAGGGGGAGGGGGGAGGGGGAGGAAGGGUAAGUCACAUUUGCAUAAAUGGAAGCCCACUGUGCAAAUGGGACAGCACAACUGGAUGCCACCCUCUGUGUUUUAUAUACAUGGUAUUUUCAGCAUUUGAAUUUGCAAAUGCGAUUUGCUGUAUACUUUUGAGCCUGUUUGAAUUUUUGCAAAGACCUUUGGCCGUAUAAUCAAUAAAAGUGUAACCUAUGAAACCAUCUUAUAAAACUGUAGUGUAGAUUUGCACAUUGCAUUUGACCAGUUGCAAUGGGCAGCCCAAUCCAGGGCUCACAUUUGUUCUUCUGACAGAAUAAAAAUCAAAGCACUGAUUCCGCUGAUGCCAUGAUUCACCAUUACAUUUCCUUCCAAGUCUGAUCCAAACAAUCACUUUCGUGUUGUGAGAUUUUCAUUCUGUACACAUGGUAUGCCUCUUCUACCCAAGCACAGACAUGUAAUAGAGCAGACAUGUGACUGCUAUAUUAGACAUCUGGCUCCUGUCAUGGACGUCUGGACUUUAAGUUUUUGAAUGAUGUGUAAAAUCAGGAUCAGUGUGUGUGCUGCAGAAGAAAUCAUUUAGCCAUUUCUUCUUCAUCUACAUGGAACACUUGUGCUCCAGCCUUGCCUGGGUAGUAUUGCCCUCUGUGCCAGUGUAAAUCCAGCAAAUUAUUACGAUUUAUAUCUGGGGGCAGAGUACAAGAAAUGGUGAAUGGGAAAUAAGUAAUGCUGGGGGUGGGAAUAAGCUGUCUGUUUCCUAUCGGACCUGCUACACGGUCAAGAAUAGAUGUUGCAUGGCAUACACCAAAUCAUUGUAAGUUGCAUUGAUUUAAAGUAGCUACAACACCCUAUUUUGAUAGUAACGAUCAGAAACAAGGAUUGGGAUAUACAUGCCUUUUGAACCAAUCUUUAGUCCUCUCCCCAUUGUUAAUGUUCAUAUGAUGUGAGUAUGGGCUCCUUGCUUACUCAUUUAUUCUCAGUUAUAACAUCGUAACAGCUCUAAACAGUAAUAAAACUAUCAGCUAUAAAGUAAAAUUCCACCACGGAAAAACAUGCAGUGAUUAAAAAUAGCACAGAUCUGCUCAGUUUGCUUCUAAUACUUUCCAAAUGUUUCCAAAUGUUUGUCUUACAGCCUCUCUCUGUCUAAAUCGAUCACUUGCUGUUCCUGUCAUCUAAAAGCAGCCAUUCCAUCAGCCAUAGCAGAGGGAAAAACAGGAUGACAGGGCCUCUCUAUUGGCUCAGCUGAGAGACCAGUAAUUUUUGCCUCCUCCUCACCUCAAACUCUUUCUAUUUCUAUUUCAGCUAGUCUUGCAAGAACUCUGUAAUUAAGAACUAGUUCCCACAUUCGCUUUUAUCCUUCUACCUUCCACUCCCUUUUCCUUUUGUGUUGUUCUUUUAGACUGUAAGCCCGGGGGUAGAGAUUGACAUUUGUGUGGCAGGUGCACAUUGUGUUCCGGAAAUAAAUUAACAAGCCAGUGGUUUGUAUGGGUGCAAUCAAGGCCACAACUUUAUUGAUUACAGCAAGCAAGCAGUGCUGGCAUGGCAGUAGGGUGAGGAUCUGUCUUCCCUUAGCCCCAUUGCUGAGGGAAUGUUUCCCCAUCUGUCAAACAGCUGGAGUGGUGGUGGAAGAACCCGUGGGAGUUGGCCAGCAUCUUUGAACCCCAGGCAGGUGCAUGCCAAGACAACUGGGCUCCUGCUGGACAAGCAAUGGGAGAGGGUGCACACCAUAUGAAAUUUGGCCCCACCUGAGCUAGAGGCAUUCCUCAUAUGUUUCCCCCACUGGAUCCUUUGUUGUAACACCUAACAUUGUCAAGCAAACAGUGAGGGAUAGGCAAAGAAAAUCUGCUCAACCAUCGUGGGGCUGGGAUUGUGAGCUGCCCUUGGAGAUUUUUUGGGUUGAAGAGUGGGUUAAAAACUAGAUUGCAACAAUGUGUUCUGUGUGGGGCUGCUCUUAGGUCUGAUCCAGAAGCUCCAGCUAGAGCAGAAUGUGGCAGCUAGACUGCUGAUCAUAGAAUAGUAGAGUUGGAAGGGGCCUAUAAGGCCAUCAAGUCCAACUCCCUGCUCAAUGCAGGAAUCCAAAUCAAAGCAUUCCCGACAGAUGGCUGUCCAGCUGCCUCUUGAAGGCCUCCACUGCCGGAGAGCCCACUACCUCUCUAGGUAAUUGGUUCCAUUGUCGUAUGGCUCUAACAGGAAGUUUUUCCUGAUGUUCAGUUGAAAUCUGGCUUCCUGCAACUUGAGCCCAUUAGAGAGAUCCCAGCCCUCCUCAGUUUGACAACCUUUCAUGUACUUGAAGAGUGGUCCCCUCAGUCUUCUCUUCUCCAGGCUAAACAUGCCCAGUUCUUGUAGUCUCUCCUCAUAGGGCUUUGUUUCCAGUCCCCUGAUCAUCCUUGUUGUCCUCCUCUGAACCUGUUCCAGUUUGUCUGCAUCCUUCUUAAAAUGCAGUGUCCAGAACUGGAUGCAAUACUCAAGAUGAGGCCUAACCAGUGCUGAAUAGAGGGGAACUAAUACUUCACGUGAUUUGGAACUGAUGGGGACACAUAGCAGAUAAUGUGCAACACCAUUGUUAAAACAUCUGCACUGGCUGCCCACUUACUGCUGAGCCACAUUCAAGGUCCUUGCAUUAAUUUACAAGGCCCUGAAGAACUUAGGUCCAUGGCACCUUAGGAACUGCCUGAACCCUUAUAUCCCAGCUUGAUCCCUGAGAUCAUCUGAAGGAGUGUUGCUGGUUGUCCCCUGAGUUGGAGAGACUCAUCUGAUCUUAACACAAACUGGGCCUUCAGCCCACUCUUGUGGAAUGCUCUUCCCAGAGAGAUUCAGCAGGCAACUUCUGUAUCAGCUUUUAAACAUUUGCUGAAAACUU